GUUUGCUCCCAACAUCUACAUCCUCAACUACCUGCAGAGCACCAGGCAGCUCACCAUGGAGAUCCAGACCAGGGCCACGGGCUUCCUAGACAGUGGCUACCAGAGGGAGCUCAACUACAAGCAUGACGAUGGCUCCUACAGUGCCUUUGGGAAGAGCGAUGAGGUCUGGAAACACGUGGCUCACCUCCUUUGUGCUGAAGUCCUUUGGAGGGGCCAAGCCCUACAUCUUUGUGGACCCCGCCCACAUUGCCCAGGCCAAGGCCUGGUUGGCCAGUCACCAGCAGACGGAUGGCUGCAUCGCGUCAGUGGGGAAACUCUUCCAUAACGGCAUGAAGGGAGGGGUCGGGGAUCAAGUGUCGCUCACUGCCUACAUCACCGCUGCACUGCUGGAGCUGGAUGGCAACACUUCUGACCCCAUGGUGGAGAAGAGUCUGACGUGUCUGAAGGCAGCAGUGUCUGACCAGCUGGAGAACACCUACACCAUGGCCCUGCUGUCCUACACCUUCAYCCUGGCCCAAAACCAGGACAUGAGGGCCAAGCUCAUCACCCACCUGGACAAGAUAGCUGCUACCUCAGGUGGCAAUCGUCACUGGGAGAGASCAGAGGCUUCUGGGACAAAGACGGACUCUCUGGAGGUGGAGAUGACAUCCUAUGUGCUGCUGGCGCUGCUCUCCGGUCCCACCAUGCCAGGCUUUGGGCUGGACUACUCCACUGGCAUCGUCCGCUGGCUGGCCCACAUCGAGACAAUCAGUUGUUGAAAUAUAUACACUGCU